AUGAAGGAAAAACACGAAUGUAUUGAAGAAAACAAGCUCAUGUCGUUCGUAGAUGUCGUGCAAGCGGCAGCUGCUUUUGACCGUGACGGCCGCAUCCACAUGAACUUUGAAGACGAUGAUGACAGUUACGAUAUCUCGGGGUUGCAAGAAAAGGCCAAGAAAUGUAAAGACGUGUCCAUGCGUGCCACACGCCAAAGCAGCCGAGCUGAUUAUGAUGCACCUGUUAUGACUAUUUGCCUUAUGAUUGUUGGUACUCAUGGAGACGUGCAGCCAUUUGUUGCCAUUGCCAAGAGACUUAUUCUUGACGGACACCGUGUGCGUAUAGCUACUCACGCAGUCUAUCGUGACUUUGUUAUGCAUCACGAUAUCGAGUUUUAUCCACUAGCAGGAGACCCCAAGGAGCUUUCGGCCUACAUGGUCAAGACAAGUGGCCAUCUCAUUCCUCUAAACAUCGAAGCGAUCCAGAAGGACGUACCUCGUAACAUGCAGAUGGUUGAGGAGAUUUUAUACUCAACGUGGCCAGCAGUGACCGAAGCAGACCCAGAUGGCGGAGGCCCUGGCAUUCCUGGCAAACCUUUUCGUGCACAAGCCAUCAUCUCGAACCCUGUCACAUACGGCCACAUCCACGUUGCCGAACGACUGGGUGUACCGCUUCACAUCAUGUUUCCUCAGCCAUGGGUGCCCACGACAGCGUUUCCACAUCCGCUGUCGAAUAUGCCGUACACCGGAAAGCCUAAAAAGAUCAACUAUCUGUCGUACAAGAUGGUCGACCUACUCAUGUGGCAGGCAACCGAAGGUAUGAUCAACGCAUUCCGUAGGGAUAAGCUAGAUCUGCGCAAAAUUCGCAAGGGAGACGGCGGUCGCGAUAUUUUACUAGACCUCGCCAUCCCUCAUGCUUUUAUGUGGAGUCCACAUAUCGUGCCAAAACCAAGCGACUGGGGCGACAUCUAUGAUGUCAUCGGAACAGUCUUGUUGGAAGGACCAAGUUCCGCGUACAAACCUACAUCAGAACUUGAAUCGUUCCUCGGUAAGGAUGCGGGACCAAUUUUUGUGGGUUUUGGAUCAAUGGUCAUCCAAAACCCAGUGGACGUUACAACGAUGAUCAUCGAAGCUGCAGCUCGAGCAAAAGUUCGGGUGCUGAUUCAAUCAAGUUGGAGCGAUAUGGCAGGAAAUCUCACGAUCCCAGACAACAUUUUUUUUCUUGGCAGUUGUCCACACGACUGGCUUAUGCCGCGUGUGUCAGCGGUGGUGCACCACGGCGGGGCAGGUACUACGGCGGCGGGCUUGCUCGCUGGCAAACCCACUUUUAUCGUACCUUUUUUCGGAGACCAGCCGUUUUGGGGUCGUGCCGUCUUUGACGCUGGUGUUGGUGUGAAUCCUUGUCUAAUGUCCCAACUGACAACAGAGAAAUUACAGGCUGCAUUUGAGGCACUAGAGAGCCCACAACUUCGUGCGCGCGCAAGUGCAAUGCGGGACCUCAUGCAACAAGAGGACGGCGCAGGUGAAGCUGUGCGAUGCUUCUACCGCAACUUGCCUUUGCACCACAUGCGGUGUGAUUUGGACUGUGGGCGAGCUGCAACGAUGUGGAGCCAGAAGAAUAAAAUUCGCUUGUGUGACGAGUGCGAAUUUGUAGUGACUUCCCGUCCUGAAAAUUCUCCGACGGAUAUUGUGGAGUACAAUUACGUCGAUUACUCGCCGCGCGGCCCAGAGAAUGUUAUUGAGGGUGCUUUUUCUGGUGUGGGUGCGCUUGCUCACGUGUUUGGAUCAGGCUUUAAGGAUAUCAUUGUCAAGCCAGCGCAAGGUUAUCGCGAAGAGGGAGCAAAGGGCGCUGUGAUUGGGCUCGUAAAAGGGUUGGGUGGGAUCGUAAUCAGCCCGUUUGUAGGCACGUUAGUGUUUGCCGACCACCUUGCAACCGGGGCUUAUAACAACGUUCGAGCAGAUGACGACAAUAGGGGUUCACUGAUUUCAGACAACAAAAAGUUGAUGAGUGCGUUGGGCUUCAAAACCCGCAACAAUAUUCACAACGGUUCAAUGAGUGCAGAUGAAGUGGUCGAUACAAAUGAUCAGUUAUCGACACAGAUCUCUAUUCAACUUACACCGGACGAGAAAAUUAAGCUAGAAGAAAGGUUCCACGCGCUUGUGAGGGAGCGCACAUUACGCAAGGAGGAUUCGUUCAAGUUGGCGAAGAAUAGCUCAUCGAUCUUAGUUUCAUCAAAGAGCACGCGUGAUGAUGCAGCUGUUGCUUCGAAUGUGGAUGGAUCGCCUUUUAACGGUAGUGACUCGCUCAAAACUACAUUUGGUAAUGAUGGGAAGGUUGGCGAGGCACUUCAUCAGGUUGAAGUACGAGAACUAGCAGCUGAGGCGUACAGAGAUGAAGAAACGCAAACGAAUCACAUGGAGAGUCUGAACAGCAAGCCGUUGCCAAAGAUGCAUAUUUGCAUGAUGACAACAGGUAGCUGGGAAGAAAGUGUCCAACAGUAUGUUGCGAUUGGAUUGCGGCUCAAAGCGGAUGGUCACUGUGUGCGUAUCGCGACGAACAGCGGCCACCGGGAUCGUAUUGUCAGUGCUGGUCUCGGUUUCUAUCCACUUGGAGGAAGCUCUAUCACGACCGGCAACUUUCUGCAAUACUUGUACCAGCGGACUCAGGACGAACCACGUCAUAAAUCCCGACUGCUCAAUUUAGCUCACGCGAAGUUGAAUCACUGGUGGGAGUCGUUCCCAGAAUUGGAUGAUCUACGUGAGCUCAUAUUCUCGCUGUGGCCGGCGUGUGUGGCAGUGGACCCAUUAGUGCCUGGUAAGGCUUUCCGCGCUGAUGCCAUCAUUGCACACCCGUAUCUGUUUGGACAGACCAUCGUUGCCGCACGUCUCGGCGUGCCUCUACACUGCAUGAGCUAUAACCCACAAACUCGCACUCAGGCCUUCCCUCAUCUGAUCAGUGCAAAUAUGAAGCUUCACAGACCAUACAGAUACGCACCGACUAACGCAGCAUCUUACGAUGUAUUUGACAAUGUGUUGUGGAAUGGUAUGCGAGAUGUCUUUGAUGAGUUCCGACAUUUCCUGGGGCUCACUGGUAAGAGCAUAGCAAACAAUUUGCUUGCUGAAUGGCAUAUUCCUCACACAUACCUUUGGAAUUCUGUACUUCUGCCAAAACCUCAUGAUUGGGGAAGUGAGAUUACAAUCGCGGGGUACGUCGAACUUGAGGAGAGUCAUUUUGAGGACACUAAUCUCGCUGCCAUUGAACAAGAGCUACAGUUAUUUGCUGCGGACGCUGCUGAUACACCUCUUAUCUACUUUGGCUUCCAGUGUGGCGAUUGGGAUCCCCGUCGCGUACAGGAUUUAGUUAGCACCCUCGAGAAGGCAGCUCGAAAAGCAAACGUCCGGAUUGUAUUUCAAGGCUACGAAAACCACAACGGCGAUGCUGCUACUGCUGCAUUUUUCGUGGGUGGGACAGACGUUGUGUUCGAGAUUGACCAGCAUUUUCCGGUGAAACGCAUUCUUCCCCAUGUGUAUGCUACCAUGCACUGGGGGGAUCUUUCGAUUACGUCGACAUGUUUGUCUGCAGGAAAACCUGCGUGCGUGGUUCCGCGUAACAUUACCCAGAGAAUGUGGGGGCAGGCGUUAGUCCUAGCAGGAGCGGGUGUUGAACCGUUGGAAAUGGAUGCACUGACGCCGUCCAAUCUUGUGCAUGUGUUUCGUGUGCUGUUGGACCCGAAGCUUGCCGACUGCGCCAUGCGUCUUGCUCCGAACUUUUCACCAUCAAGCGCAGUUGAGACUGCUGUGUCAACCUUUUACAGCAAUUUACCGCUAGAGGGCAUGAUCUGCGACCUGGAUCCGGCGCGUAUUGCUCGUGUCUACGACUCGACGCACGAAAUGAAGUUGUCGUACGAGGCACGCCUAGUUGUGCACCAAAUCACGAAGGACAGAGGUAGCGCGGGAGACUUAAAGUACAAACCUCUUAAGUACUCGCAAGACCAGCCGCCACGAUUCUCUUUGCGAGAAUUGGAGUUGCUUCAUUCUGCUUCAUCCGGCAGCCUCAAGAAACAACCUAGAACCAAGAUUUUAUACACAUACGAUCCUACCAAUCAAGAAUUGGCAGCGAGGGUGGACCACGAGCGUGCAUCAUUGACCUCGUCUCCAUCGUCGGCCGAGUCGAUCGUAACCAAAACGUUUGGCGGUACCCCACGUAAGAGGUGCUCUGAAUUGUCCCGUGUCCAAUCUAUGGCAUUGAGCGUGGUGGAAACGCCAAAAUUUUGGGAUUCACCAGAAGAGCAAGCGCAGAAAACUCUCGAGAUUAACGACAAGUAUGAAAAACUGCUUCUAGCGCGCAACAUCGACAAUCGUUCGUAG